AUGCCCGUCAAAAGACUGUACCCUAGUGAAUUUCCAUCCUCCACCAAGCGAAGGCUCGUCAUUCCAGGCUUUGACCGGCUUUCUCUCUCUGAAACCACACAAAGAAACACAGAGGAUGGCGUCGAAGAUUCAGACAAGAUUGAAACCACACUACCCGCUGCUGAUACUGUAGCAUUGAUUCCUGGAUCCAGAACCAUCGACUUUACCACGCCCCUGUUCAUCCGCGAGGGGUACCUCAAACACCUCAAGCACUGGACGCCCAUUAAAUACUAUAACUUCUGGAAGGUGCUUUAUGACAGCUAUGCUAAAUGGUGUUUGCGACAAUUUUCGCGCAAAACACCGCGCCGCAUCCGAUUUGCUCUGAGUGAAGAUAACCACCGCUACAACUACUGGGACCGCCUGAUGUACCUGACCCCUAACCAACACAUCGGGUUCUCCUUGGGUGAGAUCGACAUGGAUCUUGACGAGAUCGACGCAGAGAUCGAUACCCGACCUCUCGAAACGUCCACACCGCCUAGCCUUGGCCCCGACUUAGCCUAUUCGGGAUAUGGCUCCUACUACGAGAAUUAUGGCUCUGGGGUCUUUAGUCCGUUGGACCAAGGGCUGGGCAUUGAUGUGGAUCUGGAGGAGGAACGCGGUCUGGAGAUUGGCGACCAAACGCUUUACAAUGAUACCGAUAGCAGCAUGGAAGUGGACACGUAA